GUGUUGCGGACAAGAAUGAUGAAAGAAAGAACACAGACUCAUCAUACGUCUUCAAGAAUAAGAAAGAAAGAAAAGCUAGAACAGCUUUUACUGAUCAUCAGGUACAGACAUUAGAGAAAACGUUUGAACGACAAAAGUACUUAAGUGUACAGGAGCGAGCAGAGCUAGCAGCGAAACUAAACCUAACCGACACACACAUUAAGACUUGGUACCAAAACAGAAGGACGAAGUGGAAAAGACAGACCACAGUUGGGAUAGAACUGCUUACUGAGGCUGGAAACGUUGCAGCCGUCCAAAGAAUGAUGCAAACAUCGCCUUACUGGCUUUCUCGGUUCACGUCUUCGUUUUCACGGCAUCAUCUGACAAGCUUGAACAAUUAUUUUAAACAUUCUUCUUCUGGACCUCUCAAGCCUCUUCCUUUCCGUCUAUAUCCUCCUUUUGAGAGGUGUACACUAUCACUGGAUGCAGCAAUUCCCCUUUAUGUGGCCUCCGAAAGCAUCCCCCUCCUCGAAGCUCCAGUGAUGUCUAACUCCUAUGAAAGUUCAAGACAGGGACCUUAG